AUGCCAUUGCCGACUCGGCCUAUCCAACAACAAAAAAUGUUAUAUUCAAAUAACGCAGAGAUAGCCAUCUCGACUUCUGUAUCGCCGCCUAUUUCUGUGUUGACUGUGAAACAAACCAACAUCACUCAUGAUCACAGGGGUCGAAAGCUAUCGCCAGCUCUGUCAAAUUUAUUAACGACUACUGUUAUUCCUAAACCACGAAAACAAAAACGGAGCAAUCGUUCGACCACAUCCUUGGCUUCUUCUCCUUCGUCCUGUUGUUCUCGUUCUCCUACCAACAACAAUGACGAUGUCAAUUACGAUAACGAUUUGUUACUACCUCCUCCCAUGAGACCCGAAUUAAAGUCUCGAGCUGGUAGUAACAGUAGUACCGACACUGCUGUUAGCACUGUAAGUGCUACUUCUACUACAUCUACGAUAUCUACAACAAGUGAUAUGUCUAUGGGUAGUACUGGUACCAGUUCGACUGCUAGAACUACCCCUAUUAUGCAUCCAAUCAACAAUCUACGCAACUUGGUUUCUACUUCCCAGUCUAGUUCGGCUGGUUUAGACGAUUUUGACAUGUUAAUUGGCCCCUCUUCUACGUCUACCGCUACGUCCUACUCCAACCCAUCCACCUCAAUCAACUCGGUCAACUCGAUGGAUUCAAUGGAUUCGUUUAUGUCUGAUGCAAUUAACGGUGACGAUGACUCCAACACCAAUGCCGAUUCGACGUCUGUUCACCAUUCCGACGAUGACGACCUCCACCAUCACCAAUACCACCCCCAAAAUUCGGAGACCCAUUUCCGAUCACUACGUCGUGAUACCCACUCUAACUCGACCCUAACCCCGGCUUCGAGAAACAAUGAUAAUGCAGUACACGGCACCGAAGACGCAUCGCUUAUCAACGGCGGCGGUGAGUAUUCCGCCAAAAGCAAACGUGCUAUAGCAGAGCAAAAACCAAAACAAACGGCACCACCUGCUUACGGAGUACAUUCUGCUAGCACGUUAUCGACUUGGCAAGGAGCUUUUCGUGAUAGUCUUGCUGCAUUAAACGUUAAGGUUGAUACUACUACCCCUGAACCCGAAAGUAAUUCGGAGUCCACUGGUGCCGUGCCAAUAUCGUACCAAGGUAAACGGGUCGACGAUAUUCACGAAUGGAUUGAUGAGGAUGACGAUGGAGAAUCCGGUGAAAAUGAUGCUAAUAACUCACAAUCGCCUGUUCUUGCCUCGACUGAAGCACUACUCGGUCUGUCUGGGUUAGACAACCGUCAGCUCGACCAUGAUUCUACCACCACUGUCACUCCAUAUGAUUCUCCUGUUGGCUCGUUUGUAUCUUGUGAGUCUGCUAACUCGGCAUUGUCUACUAGUGCCAAUUCAGUGGCCAAUAGUGCUACAGGUCCAGUAUCGAGACGGAAAAUCGAGAUCCCCGACUUUGAAGCGUCAAUUGACGACCAUCCAUUGCUCGUAGCUGGAUCGUUGACUGACAAUACAUAUGAUUACAAUAAUGGGAACGAGAAUGAUAAUGACAGUGACGACAAUGACGAUACGAAUGAUGAGAAGACGAAAGAAAAGAAAAGCAGCUCUGUGUUUUCCAAAACCAAACGUCUACUUGGCAAAAAGUCGAUUGUGUCGAAUCUCACUGCGUCUAUCAAAGCCAUAUCACUCAUGGCAUCGUCACUUUCCAACACCCAGCAGAAUGUGACGACAAACUACCUGUCAUUUGGUCCUCGGUCCAUGGAUGAACCCCAUCCUGCUCAAUUACUAGUUGUCUCUCCAACAUCCUCCUCCAACUCCACUAGCAACAAUUCUGCUGCUAGCAGCAGCACCAACAGUAAUAAAAGCCCCAGCACCGGCAAUGCUGCCCCACCCAAACUGAAACCUAUUUCGCUGAAAACGUACCGGGUGCAAACGACCAUCAUUCCCGGUCUGCGACCACGCGAGCUGCGAAUGAACAGCGACUUCUACCGAGUUUACGCGGUCGAGCUGCUCAUGAAACGUAACGGCAAAGUCGACGAGGAGUUUGUGGGCCGAGCGCAAAUGAUCCUGGGUCCCCGCCAGGACAAUAACUCGAGCUACCUCCUCGAAGACGAGUUCGGCACCGAAGAAAUCUUCGGCAUCCGCAAACGGUUCGUGUCGAGCUUCGACCUCCAAGACCGCUCGCCCCACCGGACCUACCUGCCCACCUCGCACCUCGCCCACUCGAUGUCCAUCAACGACUUCUAA